UAAUGGUUCAAGCCUUUCUCCCUGUGUGUCACCCACAGCUGGUCAGGUUGUCCUACAAAACCACCCUGCCUUAAUGCCUCCCCAAACACCAGCAGACCACACCAUUUCCCCACUUUCCCAGUGACAAUUUUGUCACUGCAGACACACCUUUCCCAUACAAUUCUCCAGCCCAGCUCCAUGCAGGACUCUGUGGGGGUGGGAGUUCUGUCAGGGAAAAAAAGGGGGGAAAAAAGAAAAAAAAAGGAACAUGGAGAAAGCCACAAAGUUUACAUUUCUCUUACUUUGCUGGGGGCUGCCCUGAGCCAGUUGCUCUGAAUUCAGCCACCACCUGUCUUUGGGGUACCUGGGAAGAGAAAACAGCAGUGUCAAAAUGUCAACAGCCUGUGCUGGCGUCCCCUCAGGCCGCACAGGUUUCCAGGCCAAGAGUAUCUGCCACGCUACAAAUACAGGAAAAUACCCUGCCUUCACCAUCAGCCCUUAGACACGGCUCUAAGUCCUUUUGAAGAGAGGCUUGGCAGGGAGGAUUUGCUCCCCAUCCAGCUCCUAAAGCCGGCGGUGGCCGUGGUGGCCUGCGGAGCCCUGGGGCUGAGGCGCCGUGAGCUCCAGGCAGGCCGGGCACCACGGCCGGGAAUGCCACGCUGGGAUGGAGGGUGAACCAAGGGACAGGCUGAAGCUGGGGUGGUGCCCUCGUGGGGAAAGUCAAGGUGAGCAGGGUGUGAGGAAUAGCGAGAUGCUGGGGAGGAUCCUCAUGCUGGAGAUCCUCCACAAGGCUGACGCUGCAAAAGCUCUCCUCACGGCAAAGCCCGCCAGAAGCGGCCCCUGAGGUAAAGUAAAUGAAAACUGGGAUUUAGUGCGAAACAGCAAACACUGCGGAAAAGCCCCCUGAGCCCAGCUGUGUUUGCAGAUUCAGCUGUGUAAAGUCUCACAUUCCCAUGGGCUGCAGCUGGGGAAAAUUCCCUCUGAGCAUCAGCAGCUGCCCCACGGCUGCUGGUGCCUGCAAGGGGGACACCACGUUGUGAUGGGGUGUGGGGCUCUGAGGGGGGCACCAAGGAGAGGUUUAGGGGUGAAGUGGAGCUGCUGAAGUCUGGAGGAGAAAGGUGACAUGAAAAGAAUGGUGAGAAAGGUGAGAGGAGAACUGAUGGAGUGGUUUCAGUGCUGUCCAGGCAGGGCCUUUGUGGGAUAGUAUCAGUGGGGCAUUCAGAGUCUCCACCCGGUUGAAAACAGGGAAAAAGCCCUGAGAACAGCCCUGGUAGUGAGGACCCUCCAGAGCAAGUUGAUGAGACAGAGCAUGCCAAAAGGAUUAUUUCCCCCAUUUUGCAGCCAGAGAAAGCAUGGCAAGAUUAAAUGACUGACUCAAGGUCAUGAAACAAACCUCUGGCAGAGGGGAGCAGAAGCCCAGCUCAGCUGGUAGCUCAUGGAGCUCAGCCAUCGCGUGCCUUGGGGCUGCCUCGGCUGACAGACUGCCACUGCAAGGCACAGAGCAUGUGUGAGCUGCCAGACAGCUGGACAAAACACUCCAGCACUGGAUACAGACAGGAGUAAGAGGUCACGGUCUCCUCUGGGUUCUCAAGGGCGUUUGCUUGCCAUGUCUGAACACGGAGAAACUUCUAUCACAUGGGAGGGGAGGAAUCCCACUCCUUGCUUCUUGCCAGCUGGGAAAGGCUUGAGGAAGAAAAUGUUCUGCAGAGAAUUUAUUGCUUUUGUUUUUCCUGCCCUGCUCUCAGGACCACAGCACUCUGCUUCUCCCAAGGUGUACGAACUGGAUGGCACCCAGCACAAUAAAUCAUGGUCUGUGGCAACCUACCAGGAAGUGACCAGGCAGUUCGUGAAGGAGCACCCAGACUUUGUUGGAGCCAAGAUUAUAUUUGCAACGCACAGGAUGCUGAAUGUUUCCCAGAUUAAAGAAGCCAUCCUCACUGCCAUGGCACUCAGAGCCCGCUUCCCAGACACCCUGGCAGGCUUCGACCUGGUUGGUGAUGAGGACGAAGGUCAUUCUUUAUGGGACCUGAAGGAUGCCCUGACCAUCCCAUAUUCCAUGGGGGUCAACUUACCAUACUUCUUCCAUGCUGGGGAGACUGACUGGCAGGGCACCUCUGUAGACAAUAAUGUGCUGGAUGCAUUGCUACUGAAUACCAGCAGGAUUGGCCACGGACUCGCUCUCAUUAAACACCCAGUAGCCAAAAGUUUGUCUCUGAAGAGGGAUAUUCCUGUAGAGGUCUGUCCCAUCUCCAACCAGGUCCUGCUGCUGGUGGCUGACUUGAGGAGUCACCCUGCAGCUGACCUCAUGGCUGAGGGGCACCCCAUUGUGAUCAGCCCCGAUGAUCCCUCCGUCUUUGGGGCAAAGGGAGUCUCCUAUGACUUCUACGAGGUGUUCAUGGCCAUCGGAGGGAUGAACGCUGACCUGAGGACCCUAAAACAGCUUGCACUCAACUCCAUAAAAUACAGUGCCAUGCCACCGGAUGAGAAAGCCAAGGCCAAAGAGGUCUGGCAGAAAAAAUGGGACCAAUUUGUGGCUGACCUCUCUGAUAGCUUUCUAAGGGAGCUGUAGAGAGGACAAGGCUCAUCUCAGAAGGCAUUUGGCAAGCUAGAGCGAGCCAGACUGAUUGCUAAGAGGGAGACUUGCUUCUUCCACGUGACCUGAGCAGAUGAAUGGACGUCAAAGUCUCACCUGGCAGUGGGCGACUCUGCUAAGCCAGGCUUAAUGGGCUUAAAGCUAAGAAGGAGCUGCACUAUCCUCUGAAACUCAUGGGCUGGAGAUAAAAGGGAGCAGUGAGCCUGUAGAGCAACUACAAGAAAUUGCUCUGCUCAAAAGAGUCAAAACAAUUAAAAAUUGUCUAUGACCAAAUCCUGAUGUGCUUAUUCAGGAAAAACACGCUUUCCAAUUAGAGUCAGCAGGAGAUUGCCAACACGAGGAUCUCUGAAUUUUGCCUUAUCAUUACAAAAUGCAGACCUUGUCCGGAAACAGCUAAGACAAACAUCCAACCAUUUGGGCCACUGACCUUCAAGAGAGCAAGGACUGAAAAUGACUCUUGUUAUGUUUAACCCUGGGCCUGCCGCCAAAAUAGCACUGCUAGGUCGAAGAACCAGUCAUGGGUCUGAUGUCUGCUAUUUCAGGACCUACCAUGGCUGGAAACAAGCUGGUGGAACUUGCUCCCAGAACAUUUAAGCCUGGUUGCAGUGAUCAUAAAGCCAGAAGAGAGGUGCUUCAGUUGCCAGCAUUUUUUUUUUUUUACUACAAAGUAUUUUCCCUGUCCUCUAGUCAAAAGGAAGACAAAACACAUUUCAGGUUAAGUCAAAAACAUCCUGGCUUCCCAGACCCAGCUUGAUUAAAACUAUCCCCCUGCACAAGGCUGUGUUAACACAGACAUUUAUAGGAAACACCUUUUGGUUUCAGGGAGUUCCACUGCUUUGUUGCUGAACUCAUCGUGCAAAUGUGGCUUUAUUCAGCCUGUCAGAGAGAUUUUCACCUUGGUAGAGAACUGCUGUGGAUAUCCACAGGGCUCAUUUGGAUCUCUGUGGCUCUGUGGUUUCCAGCUCCUUGGCAAAAAAAAAAAACAACAAACCCAAAACAACCUACACAAGAAAUAGUUUCUUGACAAGCUGAUUCACUGUCUUAACAUCAUCAAAAAUACCA